AUGAAGACAUCAGCCUUCGCCCUGGCGUUGGCUGCCGCGGUCAGCGCUCAAUCGUCAUCUGUUAUCAACGUUUUCAUUCCUGGUGCGGAUGAACAAACUCUCAUGGGAUCUCUCAUUGCAUCCGAUGCUUCCAGGACGACGAUGGCCAUCUCGUGCCCGACAAACGCAGACAUGACCGAAUGUGGCUUUGGCCCUGACGCGGUGACCAUCACUUACGGCCCGUCAACCUUUCUCGCGGCAGAAACCCUCGACCCGUUAUCGCUCAUGCUCGACUGCAAUUUGAAGGGGACAACAGCUGCUACGUGUACUGAGACAUACAUCGGACCGGCAGAUAUCCUGGAUGUGGUAACGGCCACGGCCACAGACUCAUCGACGGCAACCGACACUAAUACUAAAAUGAUCACGACCACUACGACCACAGUGCUGUCGCAAUCGGAACUCGUCUUCAUUCCCGUGACGAUCACCGCAUUCGGCGAUUCUAGCAGCAAUACUGGGGCCAGCGGAAGUGCAUCCACAGCUACGUCAACCGGAAGUGCCGCGGCGUCUAGCAGCGGGAGUGGCAGCUCAACCGAUCAGAGCAACAAUGGCGGCAGCGUAGGCGCCACUCGAUGGGAGUUGGUUUCCGCAGCGGGGGUCGGUCUGAUUGGGUUGACGCUUAUGUUGUUUUAA